AGUCUGGCAACACUGUCCAAACGUCUUUAUUAUGAUUUCCUUAUUAAUUAUUAUUUUUUUAUUAAAAUAAACAAACAAAUAGUACUAAAUGGACCAAAAUUACCAACACAGUUGCAGAUUCUGCCUAAAAACCUCCCCAAACAUGCAGGAUAUAUUCACUUAUUCCUUACAACCCAAAAACACCCCUUUAACAGAUUUCGUGAGCAAAUUAACACAACUAAAGAUAGUUAAAGGUGAGUUUUUGCCCAGCAACUCUUGCACUGACUGCAUCGACACACUAAAGGCUGCAUAUAAUUUUACACAUACAUGCAUCGAGUCAGAUGAUCUCCUUAAGAAAGAGGAAACUAGACUAGAGUUCAGGAAAAUUGAACAAGAAGCCUUGUUGGAUUUGGAUGAAAAUGAACAUAAAUUUCACAUGGAUAAUCCUGAGGAGAGAUUGUUGGUUAGUAGAAGUAAUGUUUCAGUUAAAAGUGAAGAUAUGGUUUUGCGAGAUGUAUCAGACCCAACCUUGGAAUUUGACAUUAUUUCAAAUUUCUCUUCUGACUGUGAUCAACCGAAAGAGACUGACACCCUUUACAACCAUCAAAUAAUAUCCAGUAAAGAGAAAUACACUUGCGAUGUUUGUGAAAUGAAAUUUAGCAACAAAAUGAAAUUCUUUGGGCAUCAGAAGAUGCACGACCACACAAAACCUUUUAAGUGUACAGAGUGUUUUCAAGGUUUUUCUAAAGAGGCACAUUUAAAGGUUCACGAGAGAUGCCAUACAACCAGCAAAGAUAAAAAGUUCUCUUGUACAACUUGCAACAAACAGUUCAUGUAUGAAUAUUUGUUGAAGCAGCACAAGUUCACUCAUUCAGCAGAAAAGCCUUAUCCCUGCCCAAAAUGUGAAAAAGGUUGCAUAACUUCAGAAAACUUAAAAAGACACAUGAAAAUACACGAAGAAAACCACAUUAAACAGAUGCACAAAUGUACGAUAUGUGAAAAGGAGUUUCACUACCCGAGUGCCUUGGCCAAACAUAUAAAAUUGCAUACGGGAGAAAAACCCCAUUUAUGUCCCACAUGCGGUAAAAGGUUCAGGCAAUUGGGUGCAUUGCAUUUCCACCAAAGGACCCAUUCCGGGUAUAAACCGUUCAAGUGUGAACUGUGCACUGGUCAUUUCAAGUCAAAAAGUUUACUGAAAGUACACAUGAGAAAACACACCGACGAAAGACCGUUUAUCUGCGACAGUUGCGGAAUGGCAUUUAGGCAAUCGUACAAUUUAAAGUGCCAUUUAAGGGUGCACACCGGGGAGAGACCAGUGCUGUGCACUUUGUGUGGAAAACGUAUGAGCACCACAGGUAAUACCGUUAUUCUUGUGAAUACCUUUAAUAUAAUAACAAUUAAUUAUUCUUAUUGGUGAGUAAAGGUUGUGAAU